UGGCGCUUGGACGGUUGUGUCUUUGUUUCUUUAGAACAAAAGAAAUGUUGGAUAGGAGGAUUAAAUUUGAGUGAAUAUUUAUUUAAAAAUUUCUGUGGUGAAUGGUUGAUUAAGAAACUCCGUAGAAGAAACAGCAAAAUCAAACUUGCAGUUUAAAACUUCAGAGCAGCAGCAACAACAACAAAUACCAUAUCCUGAACUAUGUAUCUCUACAAAAACAACACAAUCUGCAAUUGCUCUACGGUCGAAGUUAGCGAUGAAAACAUUACUGACUUGUUUCAAUCUACGGCCUUCCAAACACUGCUCGUCCCCUAUACUCUCCUCUUCAUACUAUCUCUCAUUGCAAACUCGAUUCUCCUUUGGUUUUUGACAAUCUCCGCAAGAACAUGUUGCAACGCAUUACUGUUAUCUUACACCAUAUGCAGUCUAAUCCUAACCCUGACUACUCCACUGUCAAACCAGCUGAUCGUUUAUAACUCAAGUUUUAUCUGGAGCUACAUCAGUUACACAAGCCUGUUAAAUUUUUUUGCUCUAAUGUCAAUGGCGUCCAGUGUGAUGUUCCUCACUGUUACAAAAUAUGAAUUAGUGAUCUUCAAGAAGACGUCAAGAUCAUUUUCAAUAUUCAAAGUUUUGACUACUUGGCUGGUGCCGCUCUUGGGUACGCUGUUGGUUUGUUACAAACCCGACAUGACUGACCUGUUUUUCGAGCCCACAACUCCUGAGAUUGUUCCCUGCGAUUGUACUAACCUGCCCGUAGAUAGAUGGUUCGAGGUUUACUACUUGCCAUUGGUCCUUUGUUUUGUUUACUUGGUUGAGCUAGCUUUAUUCAGUCUGAUACACGGAGAGUUGUGGUAUUUGCUUCACCGGAGAUGGCAGGCUGAUCGAAUAAAUUGCCGUGAGCCCACACCAGAGCUCAGCUGCACGCUUGCUCCUCUGGACAAAAAGUCUGACGAUGAAGCCCAAGAUUUGGAAAACAAAAGUAUUCCACACGCUAUUUUGUUAUCGGCUGUUACCUACACCUUUUACCUCCUCAUCAUCCCUCUUGAAGUUUUUAUUGGUAUCAGCCUAUUUAGACCAAUUUACAUGAACACUUCCUACCCAACUGUUGCCCAGCUGUUGGAACUUGCUUGUUUGAUCUCAACUCCUAUUUAUUUUAACGUUUGUGAGCCAAAAUUUUUCCAGGCGCUGAGGAAGAAAACCAGCUGCCGUAGGUCAAAUACGUUUCAACCUGUCCUUGUGCAGUAUUAAAUUUGGCGAUUCAAGUCAAGGUUUCAGUUAUGUUUUGCUAAUUUACUUUAUUUUCAUCAUGAAAUAAAACCGAGGCUCCUUUAUUAGUUCUUAUAUUCUUAUUUGUCAAAAAAUCUUAUUCAAAAGUAGUUUUGGUCUUUUUUUGUGAAACAAAUAGUACAAAGUAUUAUAACUU